GCUGAAGUCAACUCCACGGCCCAAGUUCUCUGUCUGCCUGCUGGGGGACCAGCAGCACUGCGAUGAGGCCAAGGCAGUUGACAUCCCUCACAUGGACAUAGAAGCUUUGAAAAAGCUGAACAAAAACAAGAAGCUGGUGAAGAAGCUGGCCAAGAAGUACGACGCCUUCCUGGCUUCAGAGUCCCUGAUCAAGCAGAUUCCUCGAAUCCUGGGACCAGGGCUGAACAAAGCUGGCAAAUUCCCUUCUCUUCUCACUCACAAUGAGAACCUGGUGGCCAAGGUCGAUGAGGUCAAAUCUACCAUCAAGUUUCAGAUGAAGAAGGUGCUCUGUCUGGCUGUGGCCGUCGGUCAUGUGAAGAUGACAGAGGAUGAACUUGUCUACAACAUCCACCUGGCCAUCAACUUCUUGGUGUCCUUGCUGAAGAAGAACUGGCAGAACGUGCGUGCUCUGUACAUCAAGAGCACCAUGGGGAAGCCCCAGCGCCUUUACUAGUGGGGCAGCAAUAAACUUUUAGGAUACUUA